UAUACCGCCAUUAUUGAACAAAACGAAUUGUAUGACCUUGAAGUACGACAAUACCUUUUUCCGUGUACGUUUGGUUUGGCCGGUAUGUUUGGUUACUAUGCAUUACUCAGUAGAAUUUCAGGAUAUAAAUCUUAUUGCCUGUUGUUCUGUACUGACCUGUAUUUGGAUCUUGUUUACACUAGUUGUCACUAUUCAGUCUCAUCAAAUGUUAUGAAUGAUAAAUUUCAUGCCAGUCAAAACCAGUAUGCCAAAGAGUGUCAGUUCCUGCAUACCGAGUUCUGCUGGGCACCCCUGGCUUUCAGAUGGUGUGGCACGUUUUACAGAAGUUGCUCAGAGGUGCGUCAUUUCAGAUGAGAAAGUAUCAUGUUCUGGAACAUCUACCGAACACAGAAAUAAUGGAGACUGUAUUAAGCGCUCGGAGGCUAUUUACAAGACAUUGAAUAAUGCUUUUACUGACCUUAUUUCUGUCCCGACCUGUCAACCAAAUUGGGAAUACGAUGUUUCUAAUGCAGAGUAUAUAGAUUUUCAGGAGUAUCAAAUAGACUUGAUGAAGAGGUUUUGUCAUGUGGAUGAAUCUAUUUUGAUUAGCAUAGCUGAAAAUCUGCAAAAAUGUUUAAACUCAACUCACUGUUCUCCUAACGGAAGUACAUGGUUACUCCACUUAUUCGUGAUUGCAUUUUUCGUUUCUUAUGUUCAGCAUUUUCAAAAACUCCCCUCACGGAGCUUGAUGUUGUCCAUUUUUGAACUGUCUCCGGACCCGAUUAUUUCUCAUCAGUUGUAUGCUUCACUACUCCCUGAAGUUUUAUCUAUUCUAGAUCACCGUCAAGGUGAAUAUAUAUUGAACUUCUUAAAGAACUCUACUCCUUCCAACUGUUAUACACUUCUUUGUAAACUCUGUACCUUGGAUUCUAAUUGGCCAAUCGAUUCAUAUUCCGUCCUGGAAUUUCUUUUUGAUACAUGUUUAGCCUAUGUAUCUUCAACUCCAGAAUUGUCUCCUAGUCAAUUCUUUGUAGCUGUUGUGAAUAAAUUUUACCAUGAUGCUCAAAAAGAUUCAAAUCUUCGGAAAUCAAUAAAAUUCACAAAUAUGAUUGUUAAAUUCUUACGAAAUUAUGCAAGUUAUUACCCAUCAUUACACUAUCCAGAGGAAUCUCAAAUUAUUUUGAAACAAUUGGCAAAUGAGAAUUCCACUUUUCUCCGAAAUACAUUAAACAAUUUUGUUUGUUAGAAAAAAACUAAUGUUUCUGUGUGAAUAAUUUUUGUACUAUUUUAUUAGAAAAAUGUAUCUGGUGAAAAUGCUCA